AACAACAACAACAACAACAACAACCACAGCCGCUCCAACAACAACCACCGUAGCUCCAACAACCUCCACAGCUGCUUCAACAACCACAGCCGCUCCAACAACAACAGCAGCAGCUCCAACAACAACCACAGCAGCUCCAACAACAACCACAGCAGCCCCACAAACAACCACAGCUGCUUCAACAACAACCACAACUGCUCCAACAACAACAACAGCUUCUUCAACACUAACCACAGCAGCUGCAACAACAAUCACAGCAGCUCCAACAACAACCACAGCUGUUCCAACUACAACAGCAACCAACAACAACCACAGCAGCUCCAACAACAACCACAGCAGCUCCAACAACAACAGCAGCAGCUCCAACAACAACCACAGCAGCUCCAACAACAACAGCAGAAGCUCCAACAACAACCACAACUCCAACAACAACAGCAGCUCAAACAACAAUCACAGCAGCUCCAACAACAACAGCAGAAGCUCCAA